AUGAAGGUCUUCUAUGCGGCCUUGGUGGCCCACCUCUUGCAUUCGGCCUCUGCUGUCUCUCAAAAGGCUAGUACUGGACAACUUCCAGCAUACUCAAAGUACCAGGGUGCGCGUUUUCGAUGGUGGUGGCCAGGCGGUUCAAUUGAUCCAAAUGAGAUCUCGUCGGAGAUUUCUGACAUUGUCAACGCUGGUUUCGCUGGCGGUGAAAUCAGUGAUGUCUAUGAUAGCGAUCAUGCGUAUAUGGACCCCAAAAUCUAUGGAUUUGGCCAAUCUCGCUGGGUUGCAGCAGUUGAAUGUGCCUAUACAGAGGGUAACAAACUUGGCGGCCAUGUCGAUAUGACUUUAGGUCCCCACUGGCCGACUGGCUUUCCAGGCUACACCCCUGACUCACUCGAGACAAUGAAAGAGCUAGUCCAUGGUCAGAUCUUCCUCGAGAAAGGUGAGAGCUUCUCCGGGACCCUACCACUGCCUGUUGCCGCACCAUCCGGCAACCAGACAGGCAAUAUUGUCCAUGCAACCCCGAAGCUCGUCGCCGUGCUCGCGGCACGAACUACCACGACCAAUGACAGCAGCACUAUUGUGGAUAUCAUUCCAAAUACCAUCAAGGUCCUCUCUGCAUCUGUAUCGAAUAACACUCUGAGCUGGACUGCUCCCUCAGAUGGGCGCUAUGUUGUGGUCGCAGCCUACAAUCGCGGGACUGGCCAGAUACAGAACAUGUACGACGCUAGUCCUGAAAACGCUCAGGUCACAUACCCCUCCCCGGCCUAUAUCGUGGACCACUUCAGCUCUCAUGGUGUACAGGCGGGCAUCGACUUCUGGAACUCGCACAUCCUUACCGACUCGAUCAAGGAACAAAUCAAGCAGAGUGAUGGUUCCAUGUUUGAGGACUCUUUAGAGCUAAAGCUCAAGCAAUACUGGACGACCGACUUCAUAGAAGAAUUUGAACAAAGACGGGGAUACGAUCUCACUCCGUUCUUAUUUUACGUGUUCAAGGACACCAACACGUUCAGUGGUGACGAAACAGUGGCCACUCAGAUCCUGAAUGACUUCUAUCAAACUGUCAGCGAUCUAUACACCGACUAUCGCCUUGGUGGUCUCAAAAAUUGGGUCAACAGUCUCGGUCUCCGGUUGCGCAUUCAGCCAUACACAGCUACUUUUGACAGCGCAUAUGCCGCCAGUAUCGUCGAUAUCCCCGAAGGCGAGUCCCUUGGCUUUGAUGGUGACAACGACGCCUUCCGUGUGUUAGCCACCGGGCGCGACAUCGGGGGACGUACGACGAUCCUCUCAGAUGAGCUCGGUGCUUAUAUGAAUGAAGCGUAUGGCGUGACAUGGCUUUUCUUGCUUGGCACUGCCAAUUUGGACAUGGCUUUGGGCGUCAGUCAGGCUGUGAUACACGGUCAUCCGUAUAGCUACUCGCAGACUAGUGAAUGGCCAGGCUUCGCCCCGUUCACUCCGUUGGGCAGCUCCAUUGGCUUCGCAGAUGCAUGGGGUCCCCGGCAGCCUCACUGGAUGUUCGCGACACAAUGCAGCUCAUACCUGAGGAACGCGCAAGGCCUACUACAGAACUCUGGACCCUCCAUUGAUGUUGCCAUUUUAAAUGCUGAUUGGGGUAUCGGUGGUUCGUGGAGUGAUGACAGCUUGAAUGAUGCUGGCUACUCUUACCAAUUCCCAACCCCUUCGUUGCUGGCUCGCUACAAUAUUGGCGUCAAGAAUGGUCGUUUGGCUCCCUCUGGGCCUAAAUACAAGGCUCUGGUGGUAACAAACUCCUCUAUUGACGUGAGCACCGCAGAGACGCUGUUAUCCUACGGCCAGGCAGGACUACCGAUUAUCCUGGUCGGUGACACUCCACAAACAUCGUUCAGCUAUAGCUAUGUGGCAAGUACCCAGACCACUGCAACCAACCUUGCGAAGUUAUUUGCAAAGAUCAAAGCCUUAUCAACAACGCGCGCGGUCACAGCCGCAAGUGGUGUUCCUGGUGCUCUUCAAUCCCUAGCCGUUCAACCAUCCGUGAAGUACCCAAGUGGGGUGAACAACUCGCUUAUCUCGUACAAACGCACUGUUGAUGAUGGACAUCUUUUCUGGAUAUAUAAUAAUGGCGACGAAGCUGUUACCCAAACUAUCAAGCUUGAAGGUGAGGGCAACCCAUACUGGAUUGACCUUUGGACCAGUGAUGUGCAUCCCAUUGCUGCGUUCCGCAGCAACAGUGGCUAUACUGAGGUGAACAUCACUUUGGCAUCGACCGCUGCACUUCCAAUCUAUGUUGGAACAAGCAACCCUUGGGGUGCUCCCAAGCUGGAGAAACACAUAAUAACAACGGAUUGCGAGUCCUAUGUCGAGAAUGGUGAGAUUCACAUCUUCUCCAACACCACAUGUGUUGCUACAACAUCCAGUGGGAAAAGCGUACGGAUACAAACGGACAACCUGCCUGCUCCUGUAAAGCCCACGAGCUGGAAGCUGGAAGUCGAAGACUGGGGACCCGCCAAAAUCAAUGAGACAGGAUCCGCAUCUCCAAACACAGUGAAGACUGAGUUGGCCGCAGUGUAUCUAACAGACCUUGUGGCCUGGCCAAAUGUCUCCUCUCUCGUCAAUGCCAGUGGCAUUGGGAAUUACUCGACAACCGUGACUUUGACUAAGAAGUCCGGCCUGCAUGUUCUGCUGGAUAUUGGUAGCGUGACUGGCACGUACGGACUAGAAGUCAAUGGUGUGAAUGUGGAAGGGGUCGAUCAAUUCCUCAACAAGCCCAUCGAUAUAACUAACUACAUUUCAGACGGAAAGAAUGAUAUUGUCAUUACCGUCGCCACCACCUUGUGGAAUAAGUUGAUUGAAGUGUGGUCUAGUCUCUAUGGGUCUAGCUCGCCGCAGGAAGUUGGCCUCACUGGACCUGUUGAGUUUACUUAUGUCAAGGAUGUAAUAGUCAAUUGA